GGAAGGGUAUAUAAAGCACAAAAUAAUUUUGCGCAGUUUAGUGUUCAUCUCGGAUUCACAAGGAGACGUGAAGUCUGUACUCCGCUAAAGGAACCACCGACCAACAUGAAGAUUGCUCUCACAUUUCUUCUUGUCGCAUUUGCGGCUGUGUGCGUGUACGCCACGUCGGAGCCCCACUGCGAGGGUGUGACGUGCGACCCCGAGACUUGUCCUAAGAACGAAUGCCACUGCGGAAGCCACAAGGACGCUUGCGGUUGCUGCGACUUCUGCAACAAGUGCGCAAGCGAGGAGUGCCACCCCGAACACAACGACCAGUGCGCCGAAGGCUUGCACUGCGUCAAGAAGGUCAUCGGCGAAGAGACUGAACCGGUUGCGGGACACUGUGAGCCAGUCGAGUCCAGCAGCACCACCGCCGCGCACCCAGAGACUCCCGUCAAGGUACCGGACUCGGAGGCGCCGGUUCACGAACCGGAAGAGCACCACGAAGAACACGCCAAGAGUGAAGCUAACCACGAGUGAUCGUUCGACUGAGGAGAACAGUGAAACGACCCUGAUGUUAAUUCAGUGGCUCAAUCACUUGUCAGCUCAUUCGCGCUCGGUCUACAGAUGUUGCUAGUCACGUGGAACAAACGAUGCUGUGAGAAAAAAAAAACAUCGAAAUAAAGAACACUGAGCAAAA